GUCGAUCUAAUUCUGUCAGAGCGGGUAGAGGGGGGGCACGCUGCUCUAUCUACAACCCUAGCCCCAAACAGGCAAAGGGCAAAGACAGUGACCACCUUAACUUGGUCUCUGUCUGUCUCCCCAGCCUCAUCCACUGAGACGGAAGUCAACUCUCUAGACCACCUUGCAAUCAUUUGGACCCCUCUAAAGUUUCUGACUUCUGGAACAAGAAAGGAAAAUGCAGAUUUAAGUAUUGAGAAUGGAAAAAGAGGUGUAGUGUUACCAUCAGUGUCCAAAGGGUUCGGGUUUUCCACAUAUCCUCAGCACCAGCCAUUCACAUGACGUUGCUAGAUUGGAAUUAAACACUGGGAUUAAAUCGCGCAGAGGAGUUAAGGAUCUACCAUAACUAUUUCUUUUCAUGGCGACAUAAUCUGCACAAGAUUUACUGUUGGAAAGGAACUUUUAUCUUGAAACCAUGACUGAAGCAGUUGAAGGAGGCCUCAGCAAGAUCGGCUCAGACCCCAUGAAGGUGGUGAACGAUGCCGUGGAGGAAUCAACACACGUGAUCAGUGUAAUAUUGAAAUUUGCUGCCAACCUAAUUGUUCCUGAAGAAGAUGAAGCAGAAACAGACAUCUCCGUUGCCUCCUCUGAGCACUUUGCAGAUGAUGAAGAUGAUGAGGAAGACAGUGACCUCAAAGAUGAGGACAAAGAUGUCCACGUUGACCUCGACGAUGCUGAAGAUGAGGAUGAUCGUGACAAACCCGAUGAUGUCACUGAAGAGGACAUCCACGAUGAUGAUGAUGAUGAUGAUAAAGAGGAGGAAGAGGAGGAAGUCGGUGUUCCUCCCUUUGAGAGUACAGACAGCGGAGUCUUAGGUGAUGAAGAUGAUGAUGACGACAUUGCUCUUAAAACAGAGGAAGAAACUGUCUUCAGUGAUGACAUCUCCUAUGACACAACCGAUGAUGAUGAUAAAGAUGAUGAAGAUACUGAUACCAGCUCAUUUGAGACCUUCGAUCAAGAAGGAUGAAGAAGACGACGAUGAUGAUGAAGAUAAGGAAGAUGAUGAUGAUGAUGCUGAUGACAUCUUGCUAGCAGCUGCCACUGCAACAGCGUUCACUGUCCAGGAGGAGGCAGUAAAGACUGAGGCAGACACCGGCGAGGACGAGGAUGAGGAUGACGUCAAACAGGCUGCUGAUGAAGAAAAGACUGAGGAGGAUGAAACAGAAAAAAUUGUUAUCAGUCAGCCUGCUGCUUUUGAGGAGGAGGAGGAGGGAGAAGAUGAAGAGCCGACAGCUGUACUAAAGAAAACUGUAGACGAACCCGAAGAUAAAAAAGGAGUAUGAGGAAGACGAUGAUGAGGAGAAGGCAAC